GCUGCCCGCUCGAAACGGGAACCCCGCACGUAGCAAAGGGGGCUGAGAGCCGGAGAGAGAUGAAUUGAUGGCUCAAGACAGUGUGGCGGCAGCCUCACGCCCUUGCCGUAUGUGCCUGGCUAGAGAGCGAGUCCCCGUGGGACUUCCAGGGAAGCGCGUGAGAAGGAUGCGCUUCAAACCCCCGUGUUUCUGUUUCUCUUCCCAUUAGCCAUUCUCACAGAAACACCUACGGGGCGUCACGCCAUCCAGUGAUUUUAUAAUCAGGAGCUCGGAGGUUUGUGAACAAAAAUGCUCUGAAAUUGAAAGCCACAGAGCCAUAGGACCAUUGCUAACAUUAUUAUUAUUGUUGUUAUUGUUCUUAAUUAAAUUUGUAUAUCGCCCUUUAUCAGAGUGGUUCACAACAUAAAAAUGAAAAAGACAAAAUACGUAAUAAAAACAAGAAUAACACCCCCCUCCCACUCAAACACACAUUUGAUCAUUGUUAUUAUUUACUCAUCUGAAAUAUAUUUUGGUGUGAUCCAGGAAUCAGUUCCGUUUGAGUAAGGCUGCAGAACGCGAUUGGAGUGCCAGGGUAAGGUAUCAGAUUGAUUUUCCUGUGUUACCUGACUAACUGAAGCUGCAGUCCUUUGGAAUAAUCCCUUUAAAUUUAGUGGGAAGUAAGGCUACUCCAAUCCAUGUACAGUGGUACCUCGGGUUACUGACGCUUCAGGUUACAAACUCCACUAACCCAGAAAUAGUAUCUUGGCUUAAGAACUUUGCUUCAGGAUGAGAACAGAAAUCGUGCUCCGGAGGCGCGGCGGCAGCAGGAGAACCCAUUAGCUAAAGUGGUGCUUCAGGUUAAGAACAGUUUCAGGUUAAGAACGGACCUCCAGAAUGAAUUAAGUUCUUAACCUGAGGUAUCACUCUACGUCAGUGAUGCUGGAUAGUUGUCCAAAGGCAUUAAACUGUGGCGGUGUUAGGAAGUAACCAGGGAAGAGCUGUGGUUCAGCAGUUAAGCACAUCCUUAGCAUGCAAAAGGUACUCAUUGGAUGGACGGAUAAAACCCGUGGAAAGCAGUUGCCAGUCAAUGCAGAUGGUACUGACCCAGGUGGACCAAUGGUCUGACUUGGCAUAACACAGCUUCCUAUGAAUGCUAUAUGACUAUCCCUGUGCUGAAACUACCAGAAUGCACUACAGCAGUUCAAAUGCCACCUUUAUUUAUAUCAUGGGUGAGGAACAUUUUCCAUAUCGAGGGCUGCAUUCACUUCUGGUAUAGUAACAUAUUUUAAUUUUCCCUGGGUCACUGCAGUAAUUUAUUGUUUGUGGAUUUUUACUUAUUUUUGCUGUUUUAAAUCAUUUUAUUUGUUUCUACCUUUGUGUAGUAAAUAAAUUAAGUUCUGAGAGGUCGUACCUGUUAGCACUGCUGCUUGCUCUGCAGAAAUGGUGGCAACUCUAUUCUUGCCCACUAAGUUUUUUCUGACGCCGCUACUGAAUAAAGCUUAAAGCAAAUUUGUGAAAAUAAAAAUGGGAAUAUUGUGCUCAAGGCAGCACCCAUACCGUCAAGAUACACUGAAUAUAAUGAAUUGCAAAAGUGGCUGUGGAAUGUAUGUGCGUGCGUGUGUACAGUAUUGUGUAAUAAUUAUUGUAAAACUGAGUUCCACUACAUCUGUGGACAAGUUUAAUCGGAUGGCUUCAGUUAUGUUUUGUACCUCAGAGGGCACUAAGUGUAGUUACAGAUUCUGAACAGAAGAGUGCGUGAGUUAGCUUUUCAUUGACCUCAAGAAAAAGAUUCUGUUUUUUUAACAUUAGAAAUCUGGCAAGAUUUACUUGGCUCUGAUAUUAUACAUACUUAUCUGUGAGUAAGCCCCAAUGAAUUCAAUGUGGUUUACUUCUGAGCAAGCAUGCAUGCUGCCAGGCAUGUAUGUGUAGAAAUGCAGCUGCACUGUUUCUAAAAAAGAUCCUUGGUUGCCCUUAGAGCUAGAGAUAGCCAAGAUUCAAAUUCCUGCCAAGAAGUUUCAAAAAACAAACAAAUCCCAGAUCGUAUCAGAUUAUAGUUUCUUCCAAAUAUUUUUACAGCUAACUAUUUUGGAUAUGGACAGAAGUCUUUUAAAUUGUUUGUUUAUUCGUUUGAUGAGUCCCACUUUUCUGGAGAGCUUUCAGAGCUUUUUUUUAAUUGUUUAGUUCAAGUUCCAUGCUAAAUUUCACAACCGGGUUAAGUCAGCUGAUGAAAAUAAACAGGAAGCACCCCACACAUUAAUCUUUAAAAGUGUGUGUGUGUACUUGCUUGCUUCCAGCAUAUUGUCAUGAUGUAUUCUCACUUACGAGAAACUACUACAAAUAUUUGUUGCCUUCAGACUACAAUUUGAGAGGGUCAGAGAGAGAUUUCAUGUUUGCAUUGCUCUUUUAAAAGACAGAGUAGGUUUGCAACCCUGCUUGGGGGAAAAGGACAUUUCUAAAUAAGUUAACAACCAGUAAAGAGCCCCCUCUUGCACAAACACAGUGGCUUAUCUGUGGCCUACUCAUAGAAUUCUGCAGAGCUGCACACAGACAUAUCAUUUGAUCUGAGAGUCACUAACUAGUGGCCUUGGCUUAUCAGUCAAAGCAGCGCAUUGCACCAUGACUGAACAAACCAACAAGGCAAACGAUGCAGUUUAGGGUCUCUGUUCUCCACUGUCCAAAUAUAUAGGUAAAUAAGAGGAAAGCCUAGGAAAAGGAGAAAUGUCAGCCAACAUUUUCUUGUUUUAAGAAAAACUCGUUACCUCCACCUCUUGAGCUAAAAGAAUCUGCUACACAUUCUCUCUCAGUAGAAUGAAUUACUGUACCUUCCAAUAAUUGCUAAGAUGGUCGUUUUCCUGCCUCAUCAAAAAAAGAAAAAGCAACAUACUUCAUAACAGUUCAAGGAAAUGAACAUACUGUGUCACCUAUUUGCCAUAUUUGAACAACAAGGACUUGCAAAGAGAGGUUCUCGGUGUUGCCCUAAAAUUGUGUAAUUUCCAUCCCAUAGAUAUUCAAGGCUUGAACAUAAUCAUUUUCAAGAAGUGCUGGGAGACAUUUUUAUUUGGUCUGGCUUUUAAUGGCUAUAGCCAGAGUUAAUGGUGGUGGUUUUUAUUUGCCUUAGUGGGAGCGGGGUUAGGUGGAUUUGUGGGACAUUUGUAUUCACUACUCCAUUUCCACAUACUCCUAGGCUGAGACAAGCCAAUAAAUAAUAGAUAAAUUUGUUCAGGAAUGGGUGUCCCAAAGUCUGAGCUUCAACAACUCUGGUCCUGGGAGUAAGUCCUAUUGAACUCUCAGUGAGACUUCCAAGUAUAGCACAAUUUUGUAUGGCUAUACAUUUGCUAAAUAGUGUUAAAUAUCUCCAGAUAGUCAAGUUUUCAGCUAUAUACACACUUCUGCUUAUCCUGUGUGCUCCAACUGCUGUUCUGGGAAGCGGUAUUUACACAACAUUAUGACAUAAGAAGAGCCUGCUGGAUCAGGCCAAUGACCCAUCUAGUCCAGCAUUCUGUUCUCACAUGGGCCAACUAGAUGCCUUUGGGAAGCUUGCAAACAGGAUUUGACCUCAAGAGCCCUCUUCUGAAGUUCCCAGCAGCUGUUAUUCUAUCAACUGGUAUUCUAGCAACUACAGUUGUACCUUGGAUCCCGAACGACUUGUGAGUCAAACGUUUUGGCUCCCGAACACCACAAUCCCGGAAGUGAGUGUUCCGGUUUGUUCUUUGGAACCCGGAUGUCCGACACAGCUUCCUGUUGGCUGUAGGGGCUUCCAGCAGCCAAUCAGAAGCUGCGCCUUUAUUUCUGAAUGCUUUGGAAGCUGAACGGACUUCCAGAAUGGAUUCCGUUUGACUUCCAAGGUAUGACUAUACUCAUGGAUAUUUCUGAGGGCUUAGAGUUACCGCUGGCAGUUCUUUCAGUAAUAGUAGUCAAGAUUAGGCCCCAAAGUAUGUCCACUGGUAGGACAGAGACCGUCUCUGUAUGUUUGUUGGGCCCCAGGAUCAGACUUCCUGAAGCUGGCAUAACUUACAUAGAAGCUACCACAUGCAGAGUCAGACCGUCAGUCCAUCUGGCUCAUCUGCACUGCCUGGCAAUGGCUCUCCCAAGUUUUAAGGCAGGGCUAUUUCCCACACUUUCCUGGAGAUACUAGGAUCUUCACCAUGCAAGGCCAGUGCUAUACCAUUGAGCUAUGGCCAUUCUCCAAGUAGAGCCAUGUCAGGAAAAAAGGAGAUAAGUCACACAUGUAUCUCCUGUGCUGGCUGGAUUGCAGCAGGGAUACCCCUCAAUCUCGCUUAGAUAGGCACUGUUAGAAGGGAGAUGAUAGAUGCUUAUAAAACUUUGUUUGGCGUGGAGAGAGCUUGAGGUAGUAUGCAACUAAUAAGCUUAAAUAAAAAUCGUCAUCUGGUUAAUCCGGUUGAUGAUGUACCACAUCAAAGAUUUGCACAAGCUCUUCUCAUUGUGUAAGCAUUCAAAGCUGCUAAUCUGUUGCACAGUGAGACUUAAGGUUGAAGAAUAAAUUGCACUUUUUAAAAUGGAGAUGACGUGGCUUAGGAUGGGCAGCAUGCAAUGCCAUUUGAAGACCAGGUUAGCAUUUACAAAGUAUGAAAAAUAUCCAAAACCACAGAAAGGGUAUGUAAAAUUACAGUAACAGACUUGAAAACUACAUGUGAGUAAAGGAAAGACCAACUCCAUAGGAAUUAAUAGGGCAUAAAAAGGGACCCCUGACCAUUAGGUCAUAGUCACAUCAAAUAACUCUCCCUAUUGAUUUCAAUGGGACUUAAAGGAUGACAUUUAACUUUCUUUAGAUCUGAGACAAUGUAGUUAUACAUAGCUUUGGGUCAGGGUUGCUGAGACCUGAAGAGUGAAAAGGAGACGAAGGAACAAGACUAUCAAGACCCUGAUUACAGUUGCAAACACUGCUAGUCUGUUUUCUUUACCCAAUUUCUUACAACUACAACAUUUUUAAUUUCCGCAAAUGAACAGGGCUAUAUUUAAAUGACACCUAUUUGUCCUUCCUUGAAGAUGGUACAUAGCAAAAGAUGUUGCUCAACUGGAGACUUUGUCCAGGCACAAACUCUGAACAUUUAGGUUAAAUAUUAACAGUGUGUGGGAUGGCAGACCUAUCAUUAACCGGCUAAGAUACUUCAGGUUGAUUCAUUUAUAUAUGAUCACUGACUUGCUUUCUCUGAUUUUACAGAGGGGAGGAAAGCUGCUAAGAUGCUCAUGCAAUCCAAAAUCAUGAAACUACUGUUGCUUUUUCUCCUUUCUGUUGUUGUCGUUGUUAAAUCCCAGGCUGCUGUUGACUAUGAUGAUGAAGAGGAGGUUAGAAUAUAAAGGUUUUUUAAAUAAUAAUAAUAAUAAUAAUAAUAAUAAUAAUGUGUUCGCAUUUUUGGUUUAGAUUUCAGAAAAUAGAGGCAAAACCUAAUACCGUUUUAUUUGCAUUAAGGAAAUAAUAAUUUGUAAAUUAAACAUGUAGGAAAGAAGGGUUGAAUUCUUGAGUUAUGUGUAAUUAAUGCUGAUCCUUUUCCCUUCUUUCUUCCCUUUUCCUUUAUAUAGGUAACCACAACCGCAGCUCCGGUAAGACCGAGUUUUCUUCUUAAUUAAAGAAAAACAAACCACAUAGUGGUUACAAUUAUGGAUUCCGUUCCAGAAACUUACAUAUUUGCUUAUAAUUUGCUGUCAAAUAAUUGUGUGUGUGAAAAAAAUGCACUUACCUCCAAUUUAAGAAUUUAUUUAAUAUUGCCAUUCCAGAAACAUUUAUCAUUCAUUUCUUGAAAUAAAGCUGGCGGGUGGGGUGAGGAAAGCCUGCUGGUCCUCAUGGGAUUAUUCAGGUAUAGUUUGACUGUUUCCACAUAAGAUACUGAAAAGGACAUGAUACCAUCAGGGGGAAGAAAAUUUCUCUAACAUGACAAUUCAAUAGCACAUGAACUUUGUCUAUGGGAACACUGUCACCUUUUGUGAAUUCAGUUAAUCUUUUGAAUGAAGUUCAAUGGGUAAUUAUUUGUAUUGUAAUAUAUUAUCUCAUUUUAUCUUAAAAUUGAUUUUUGCCUUCCAUUGCCUUUGGAUUCAUUUUUUCUCAGGUUUUGUUCAUUUCAUUGGGAUGUUAGGUUAGGAAUAUCUAAGGGAUAUUAGCCCUAUUCCUUAUGCAUCUUUAUGUAUUUGUAAGCACAAAAACUCAUAAUUGUUAGGACCAAACUGCACCUUUCAAUGCAGUUUUUUCCAAUUAAAAAAUAUGCUGGGAAGGGUGCAUGUCCAAGCAAAGAAUAAAUAGGCAGCCAUUUCUCUAUCUGCUGUUAUUCUCCAGAUCACAUGCUAAGUGAUUUCCCCAUCCCUUAAUGGGUUUCAAAAGAAUGUCAAAUAUAUUGAAGAAUUUACUUGCCUCCAACCACAGAUUUCUGCAUACAGUUUUAUUCUGAGCUUCCUUGAUGACCCCUGUGCCCCCCGCUCCAGUCCAAAAUACUAGAGCAGGCCUGGUUUGUUCAUAAUACCAACCCAUGGUUUAUUAAACCAUGACUUAGUAUUACACAUAAACCCUGCCCAGUGCUUAACUGUGCUUUAUUAACUGCCAACAAACCACAAUCUGAAGCCAUGGUUUGUUGUUGGCUUACAAACCUUAGUUUGUUUUAACUAUGGCUUGGCGUUACAUGUGAACCUACCAGCUUUAUUUAUUCAAUUUCCAUCCUGCCAUUCCUGCCAAAGGAGCCCAGAUGGAACAUGACAAAGCAGCAAAACAGUACAGGUUAAAGAAAAAUAAGUAAAAUAGAUGAAAACAUUUUAAACCAUGAAGAACAUAUGGAAAAACUUUAAAAAUAUGCAGCCCCAGCCCCUCCCCAAACUACACAGGAGAGAGCAACUGGAAAAUGAGCAAAACUUUGGAGGAAUAAAUACUUCGGUAGAUGCACAACAUAUUCUUUUUAUAAUGUAAAUUGUUUGCAGAUUAUAACAGUAACAGGAUUAUUUAUCCUCCCACUGCCGUCGGUGAACAGGUUGACGGCGAUGGAGUAGAUGCACGAGGUCACAGGCCACUGAACAAAAAACGGGAGCCAUAUCCAACUCUCCGUCCAGCUCCUCUUCCUCCCAGUAGUGGCUUUCGAUAUCGGGCUCGUCCAGCUAAACCACCUGUGGCUGGCCGAAAAAGAGAGCAGAUUGUAUUCCCUGACCAUGGAGGCUGCAAACAUAUGUCGGAAGAGCUGGUAGGUUUAUGUGCAUUACUAGUGUGGUGGGACGAUAAUUCUUAAGAGCAAGUAGCAGGUUUCAUCCUGUUUGAUAAGGCUACCUCUUGGAAGCACUUCGGUGGGAAAGUAUAUGUGCUAUUAGUCCAUUUCUUGUUGGUUUGCUUUGGGCUGUAAUCCUGAUAUUUCAAAAAUUACAAACAUGCACUGCUGGAGAGCUUGCUUCAGAGCUACUUUGCCGGGUCUAUAGUGAAACAUCUGUGUGGCCAUCAGGUAUUUAUAUGGCACCUGCUUUUAAACAAUAGCUAUUUUAAUGGUUUAAGAACUCAUCUUGUUUACACAUCAUAACACAGACAUUCUGUUCUUUAUCUCUCCCAAUUACUAGCCAUCUGUUAUGACAAAACCAGCUACAAAUGUGUGGCUGGCCAAUUAAUUGAUUUGUUAGCACCUACUUUGUAUGCCCGAUCCGUAUAUGCCUGAAAUUCUGUGGAGGUAACCUUCUUGUGAUUCAAUUCCAUAUCACUCAUGGUCAUGUAUGAAUUAAGCAAUCAGAUAGACAGGGCCAAUUAUGUCUCUCUCUCUUUUUUACCCAUUCAGAACUCCAUGCACACCCACACCCAAGCACUAUGGGAUGGCAUCGCUACUUGCAUAAUUUUUUUAAAAAGCAUGCACAUUGAAUUUAAAAAAUGUACUUAAUGUCAUGUUAGCUCUAACCUACUGCAUUCAAUCGCAUUGUGUUUGUGUGUGUGCGCUUUUUAAAGGGAGUCUUAUGCCCAACUGGAUGUGAGCUGCGGACUGCGCUGCUGAAACAGGAAAGGACGGUGAAGCCAACUGUGCAGGAUCUAACAGACAAAGUGCAGAAGCUAGAGCAGUCCACUUCAACUAUAUAUUCUUAUACCCAUCUGCUGGAUGAGAGGCUAGCAAAGAAACAGAAACAAGUACUAGGUAAACUAAACCCUGCUAUUGUUAUUUAUCACUUGCUGCAAAUCAAUACAUAGGCAAAACUGCCUUGCUCUGGGUAUCCUGAAAGGCUUCUUAAGAAAGAUGGAUGAUAAUAAUGACCACCAGAGGGCACAUUCGUGACCACACUCAAAAAUGUGGUGGGACAGCAGAAUGCUUUAAAAAAAAAUUUCAGUUCUUACCUUUAUGUAUUAGUUAUAUUUUUGUAAUUGGGUAUCUCAAGGUGACUUACACAACAAAAAUAGAAAAAAAGGAGAGACAUUAAAAUUAUACAUAAAAAUAGCAUUAAAUGAAAACUUAAACACUGCUGUCUAUUUUGAAUAGAUUUAUAUUGGGAUUGGAAUGUAAGAACCAUGUGUGAAAAUGACACAUUUAGCAGUAUGGCAGUUUGAUCAUAUCAGCCAGCCAUCAAUCCCUAAUCAGGGUAAUACUUCCUGACUCUCGUGCUGAACCAGAUAGGCAGAUGUCAUCUACAAACAUCUGAAGUGCUUGUCCAGGAGAUAAAGCAGAAGUCAAAUCUUGAUCAUGGCUUAUAACAUAUUAGUAUUUAUUAUUUCUAUUGUACCCUCCAUAUAUAUGCGGCUAAGUCCUACUCCUCCUGCCAACCUAGCAGUUCGAAAGCACGUCAAAGUGCAAGUAGAUAAAUAGGUACCGCUCUGGCAGGAAGGUAAACUGCGUUUCCGUGCGCUGCUCUGGUUCGCCAGAAGCGGCUUAGUCAUGCUGGCCACAUGACCCGGAAGCUGUACGCCGGCUCCCUCGGCCAAUAAAGUCAGAUGAGCGCCGCAACCCCAGAGUCGUCUGUGACUGGACUUAACUGUCAGGGGUUCCUUUACCUUUAAGUACUACUCAGAGUAGAUUCGUUGAAAUUAAUGAACCUAAAUUGGUCGUGUCCAUUAACUUCAGUGGGUCUACUCUGGAUAAGUGUUAUUAACACUGAUGCUGUUUUACAAAGAAUGAGAGGUCAGUUCUCUGCCUCAAGGCGCUUCCAAUCUAAAGAAAUGCACAAAGGAUGCAGCAGAGGAAUGCGAGGGCAGUGGGAGUCAGUGUCGGAUUACUAGCCUAUUGGGUGAAAAAAGUCUACUGUGUAUUAUGUACUGACACAAUAAAUGCUCUUUUAUUCUGUUAGCAGUUUUUUAAAAAAAGUAUAGAUGAAUUUGUUUUUCCCCCCAGAUAACCAGAAUGUAAUUUCUCAAUACAACAAGGAGGUUGAAGAGCACUACACUUUCAUCAAAGAUAACCUAGACAACAACAUCCCAACUAACCUGCGACUUCUUCGUUCAGUUGUGGAUAGUUUGCAAAAGAAAAUACAAGAGCUGCAAAAAACUGUCACUUCUCAGUUGCAAGAAUGUCGCACUCCCUGUACUGUUUCAUGCAAUAUACCUGUGGUGUCGGGCAAAGGUAAUCUCUCUCUUCCCUGACUUGUUUUGCUCCAUAGUUUGACAGGUGCAGAGGCAGCCUUGAGGGUGCCACUGGUGCAUUCACAGAGAACCUUACACCGCACUGUCAUCUCCAAUGAGGCAUCUCUUGUGACCACCAAAUAAUGAGCAGGGCAAUCUGACCCCCAGUUAUAGCUUCUGUGUCCAUUGUGGCUGGUGAUGGUCUGGCUACAGCAGCCCUGUAACUUCAUCCCAAGGUCUAUGACAGUGACAGGGAAUAUGUGGUCCUCCAGUUGUUGUUGGAUUCUCAGAUCCCAUCAUCCCUGACCAGCAUGGUCAGGGAUGAUGGAAGUUGUAGUCCAGCAAUGUCUGGAGAGCUGCAGGUUCCACAUUCUUGGCCUAAGGCCAACUUGCCUGCUGUUCUCCUCUCCUUCCUUUCUUCCCAAUUGGUUGAUGGCCCUCGUGGUAAUUGGUUCACUGACAUGCCGGCUUAAGCUAAUGAAAAUCUCUUAUUACCUCAUUCUACUGAGGGAACCUUGUAUUUUAACAAAAUGGGUGGAGGAAAGACUUUUCACAUCAGUAGGAUCCCCAAAAGUAUUGGGUGUGGACCCUAAACACAAAGACCCUAUGAAAACUCCAUGUUUGAGGGAUGUGAGUGGGACAGAACAGGUACUCAAUUUAAUUCAUCCUUUAGAAAGAAAGUGGGAGGCGGUAAACAGUUUUACGCCAGUGCGUAAUUGGUUCUGCUAAUACCAGGCUAUUGAGGGGAGGAAAAGAUUUUUGUAGCUUGCUCAGCAAUAUAUAUCAUGGCUUUCUGAUUGCAGAGUGCGAAGACAUAAUUCGGAAAGGAGGUGAAACAUCUGAGAUGUAUCUUGUCCAACCGGAUCCUUUUUUCAAACCAUACAGAGUUUAUUGUGACAUGAAAACGGACAAUGGAGGUGAGUUGGGCCAGUGCCCCACAGGAGCUCCUUGGUGAUUUCCAGGACCCCUUGCCCUUCCCCAUCUGUGCUGCUACUUCCUGUUCAUCUGCCCCUUCCAGGAUGCAAACAGAGAUAAGAGCAAGGUGAGGCAACUGUAGCCUCCACUUGCCUUCUAGGCAGUGGUGUGGGUUGGUCCCAGAGGGAGAGAACAAGUCCAAGUGACAGUGGCAAGGAGAGAGGGAAGGCUAUUCAGGGAGAAGACUCAUUGAAGCUGCCCAUUUGAAGCUGCUACUAUGUUGAGUAAAGAGAACCAAAAGAGUGGCAAAGAAAUUUGCACCAACUGUAUUACACCUGCAGCUUUUGCGUUAACAAGAAAACAGUUACAGCCUGUCAACUUAACUUUGAAAUUAAGUAUUUGGUAGUUAAGUAUGAUGCACAUUCUCUCAAACUACAGCUGGAAUUCAAUUCUGAGAAGAUUCCCUAACCCACCCCAGUAGCCUCUGUGUUAUGGAUACUAUCACAUCAAAGUUUAGCACUUUGAAAUCUCAUGUGCCGCCCUUGAUGUGAACAUAUAUUUUUAGAGUAUAGUUGCAUAUUUUGGUAUUAAAUAUCCUGCCCAUCUCGAGAUGGGCAAGGUAAAAAAUCUCAGGUUAUAAUCCAGAGAGUGGGCAUCUGACCCCAUGAGAAAUCAGUUGCUAAAAUCUCAUUAUUUCUAAGAGGUAUUGUUCUGUUACACAAGCAAUGAUCCACUGACAAGUUCUGCUAUUGAAAUGAUAUGAGAAUGUCCAAAUAGACAGUGCAUGUCCUUUAGAUAGAGGUGCAGCUAUUUAUUUUACUGAAGUCUUCUAUAUACCAGUACAUUCAGACACACUGAGACACAAAUUACUGAGGCCAUAUUGAUGAUACACUAAAAUGACCUGUGCCAGCAUUUUUCUUCUUCUUCUUUCCUUUGUUUUGGUUAAUGACUGGUGAUUUUUGCAUCCUUUUACCUUUUCCAGGCUGGCUUCUUAUUCAAAACCGCCAAGAUGGCAGUGUUAACUUUGGAAGAACAUGGGAUUCCUAUAAAAAGGGGUUUGGAAAUGUUGCAUCCAGUGGUGGAAAGAACUAUUGUGACACCCCUGGUAAGAAUCUUGACUCUGAGCAGCUUCUUAUUAAUGGAACUAUUAUCAGUUGCUUUGGCUGGUGAAGAAUGUGAGAGGACAUAUUGCAACUUGAGAGUUGCAUGACUUCUUAGUGGUAGAGCAUCUGCUUUGUACGUGGAAGGCUUCAAGUUCAUUCUCCAGCUUCUCUGGGUAGGGUAGGGGGAGUCCCCUGCCAAAAACCCUGGACAGAGGCUGCCAAUCAGUGUAGACAGCACUGAGCAAAGUGGGUCAAUAAUCCCACUCGGUAUAAUGUAUCUUCCUAUGUACUUGCAGCUACAUGGAUCAAGUGGCUGUGUUAAUGAAUCAUCAUUACAACAUUUCUCAAAGUUGAGUCUCCAGCUGUUAUUGGACUAUAGCUCCCAUCAUCCCUAGCUAGCAGGACCAGUGGUCAGGGAUGAUGGGAGUUGUAGUCCAACAACAACUGGAGACCCAGAUUUGAUAAACACUGCCACCUUAAUGCCUGCCACUUUUGACUACCUUUGCUUCCUUUUUGUAUCGAUGCAUAAAGUUUGUACAGCAAAACAGUGUCAAGAAGUGUUUUCUGUAGCUGCCUUAACAGUCUCUGAACUUUCCUCUUACAUAAAUCAAUAAAAGACUGAUGGUUGCAUUGGAGUGAUUAGAAGAGCAGGGAUAAGCAAGAUUUCUCUGUUUCUGUUGUUAAAAAAAAAUGACAUAUGGUUUUAACUCAUUGUCCAGCUAGGUGUUCUCAUAAUUCUUGGAACUGCCUUGUUUGGUUCAGGUUUUACAGAUUUAGGACAAAGAAUAGAUUCCUUAAAACCCCUUCUGAAGAUCUCUUUAGCCAAUGUGUUUUCAUUAUCCCACAGGUGAAUAUUGGCUCGGAAAUGACAAAAUCAGCCAGCUUACCAAAAUGGGACCCACUGAACUUCUAAUCGAACUGGAAGACUGGAAUGGUGAUAAGGUUAAAGCACACUAUGGAGGAUUCAGCAUUCAGGGGGAAGCAAACAAGUAUCAGCUCUCAGUUAGUAACUACAGGGGCACAGCUGGAAACGCCUUGUUAGAAGGAGCCUCGCAGCUGUAUGGCGAAAACCGAACCAUGACAAUCCACAAUAGCAUGUUCUUCAGCACUUUCGACAGAGACAAUGAUGGCUGGUAUGUGUAUGCGUUUGCACUUGGUUUGCUACUGUACUCUGGCACACACAUUUGGGACACAUGUGGGUAUGACUAAAGAGGAAUUGUUUCCUUUGCAACUCUUGAUGUUGCACGACUGCAUCCUGUUGGGCUGACAUAGUUUAUUACCAUUGCAAUAAAUGAACACCGAUGGCUGAUGGGCACACAGAUGCAUCUGUCAGGCUUUGGGGGGGCGUAUUUCUAAUUCAGGGGGAGCUACUUUUGAUUAGACAUGUAUAGGAUCAUGCUGUCAGGCUGGAACAGAUUAUAAAAAGUAUCCUAGUGUUAAGAGUUAUAAGCUAUAUAAUUUAUAUAAGUCAUCAUUCGGAGAACCAUAGGAUGAUCUCCUGGGUGAUUAAUAGAGAUUACUUUGUCCAAGGAAGAUACAGCUAUUACUGGGUGCACAAUUACAUUUAUUAUGGUUGUAAUUAUCAUUACUAUUACUAUUAAUUUAAAUCUAUUACCCACCCUUCACCAGGGCACUUUAAAAUUCAGAAUUGAAAACAGUUAAUAACAUAAAUUAAUAUAUGUUGGAUUUGCAGAUUAUGCAUUUACUUUUUUAUUGGUGCAUGUAAAAUAUACCUUUUGUAUAUUUCACCCCGCAGGCCAAAUCCAGACCCAAAGAAACAGUGUUCCAAAGAAGACGGUGGUGGUUGGUGGUACAAUCGUUGCCAUUCCGCCAAUCCAAAUGGCAGAUACUACUGGGGUGGGCAUUAUACCUCAGAAAUGGCAAAACACGGAACAGAUGAUGGCAUGGUAUGGAUGAAUUGGAAAGGGUCCUGGCAUUCACUGAAGAAAGCCAGCAUGAAGAUUAGACCAAUCAUCCAAGAAUAGUGAUGGUUAUUUAAAUAAACAGUGGCAUUUUUUGUGUGCUCAUAUCUGUUUCAUGAUAUAUUUGAGCCUAACUUUGCAUUAAAACAUUAACCGGCAAACACACGCACUCUGCCAUGUUUAUGUUGGUUAAAUGCGCUGUGAAUAAAAGCAGGAGUGUUAUACAGGCAAUUCGCAUCUUACACUUAUUUUACUUAUGUGAUCACAGCUUUGUGCAGAUGGGGAUGGGAGGGAAAUAAAUAAAGGGAGAGGGGAAGAAAACCCACUCUCCAUUUAUUUCCCUUCCCCGAAGGUGAGCAAGGUUCCAAGCUUUGGGAAUUUGCAGGAGAGCUCGGGGACACUGACAGAACCUUUGCACAACCUUCCCAAAGCCAAGUAAGAAACCCUCCACCUUGCAGGGGUGGUAGUUCCAGGGGUUCCUGGCUUGGAUUAACCUCAUUGAAAUAGUUUGCAAACAUCAUGUGAUACAUUUGUGACAGAUAGGCAACACAAAAACCUUUUGAAUACCUCAUACUUCCUCUAUAGUAUUGACAUUUUCUGCUCCAAUAACUUCAUUUCUUUAUUACAGGAUUUCUUACACAUACCUUCGACCUUAAGGUCCCAGGGCAAGUUGCAAGACCGUCACACGGUUUAAAAUAAGAUAAAAGGAUUUACAUGAAAAUCUAAUACAAUUUUAAGUAUUCUAUAAUUUAAAUCACACCUCACAGCUGUCAAAGGCCAGGGUAAUGAGCUGCGAAAAAAGCUGUACUGUAAAGAAGCCAGCUGCAUCUUUGUGUGGAGGGAAUUCCACAACUUCUCCAUUCAAAAGUAGAUUCAAAGUAGAUUCAAAGUGAGGAAAUGAGUUCUUGUCUCAAAUUCUGUGGGAAAAGCUUCACAACGUAAGAGGUCCUGCUGGAUUUGUUCAGUGUUCCGUUGAGUCCAGCAUUCUUUUCCCAGAAGUCAGCCAGAGGCUUCUGGGAAGCAAACUGAGCUGGUGUGUUAAUUAAAUAAAUAAAUGGGUGCUUAACUCACCUUGAUGCUUUUUCAGCUGGGUCUCCCUGCUUGCAGACAUCUGAUAGGCACCUGAUGGCCACUCUGAUAACAGGAUACCGGGCUAGAUGGGCCACUGGCCUGAUCCAGCAGAGAUCCUAUUAUGUUUCUGUGUUUGGCGACAGAGGUAUACUGUCUCUGAACACGGGUGUGUAAACUGUCCUGUGGUCUCUUGAUGAAGGGCAGUAUAUAAAUUUAAUAAAUGAUAGU